ACACAUUAAUCAGUAUUUACAUUGCUGCAAUGAUCAGCAAUCAUCAUGACUAAAACACGAUGCAAAGUCACAUAAAAUAACGAGACUUCACCAGAUUUUUAGGGAUUCUUGGUUAACUACAAAGCUUCUAGCGUUGACCGGGAAGAGAAAACUACUCUUAUUUUCUAUAAUGAAUUUCUCAGUUUCUUUCAUUUUCUUGAGGCACGAGCAAUGCUGCAAAGACAAAGGAAAGCUGCCACCAGGGGAAAUGGGGUUUCCACUGAUAGGGGAGACCAUGGAAUUCUUCAAUGCUCAGAGGAGAAACAAGUUAUUUGAAGAGUUUUUUCAUCCCCGAAUUCUGAAACAUGGGAAGAUCUUCAGAACAAGGAUCAUGGGGUCUCCAACUGUGGUUGUGAAUGGAGCUGAGGCCAAUAAAUUCUUACUGUCCAAUGAGUUCAAGUUGGUGAAAAGCUCUUGGCCUUCUUCAUCAGUUGAGCUCAUGGGAAGGGACUCUAUCAUGGAGAAAGAUGGUGAAAGGCACCGGUUCCUCCGUGGUGUCAUUGCCACAAGCCUUGGUUAUGCUGGACUUGAGCUACUGGUUCCAAGAUUAUGCAACUCUGUUCAGUUUCAUUUAGCUACAAACUGGAAGGGCCAAGAGAAUAUCAGUAUUCACCGUUCAACAAAAGUCCUCACUUUUAGCAUAGUGUUUGAGUGUUUGUUGGGAAUCAAAGUGGAGCCAGGUAUGUUAGAUACCUUUGAAAGAGUGUUGGAAGGAGUGUUUUCCCCAGCAGUUAUGUUUCCAGGUACUAAAUUUUGGAGGGCAAAGAAGGCCAGGGUGGAGAUAGAAAAGAUGUUAAUAAAAGUGGUGAGAGAGAAGAAAAAGGAAAUGGAAGGAAGCUCAGAAAGAGAACAAGAUGGAAUGCUGCUGUCCAAUUUGGUAUGUGGGAUGAUCCAAGGGGAGAUAAGUGAAAAAGAAGUCAUAGACAAUGUCGUGUUACUAGUUUUUGCAGCUCAUGAUACCACUUCUUUUGCUGUUGCUAUGACAUUCAAGAUGUUGUCUCAGCAUCCUGACUGCUACGGAAAAAUUCUUCAAGAACAUGUUGCCAUAAGGAGAACCAAAAAGCGGGGUGAGAAUCUGACAAUGGAGGAUAUAAAAAAGAUGAAGUAUACAUGGCAAGUUGCGAGAGAAAGCAUGAGAUUGUUCCCUCCUAUCUUUGGUUCUUUCAGAAAGGCUAUCACUGAUAUUGAAUAUGAAGGAUUCGUGAUUCCUAGAGGAUGGAAGAUGCUAUGGACAACAUACGGGACACAUUACAAUGAAGAAUAUUUCAAGGAUGCUAUGAAUUUCAACCCAAGUAGGUUUGAGGAGGGAGUACCCCAAUAUGCAUAUGUUCCCUUUGGAGGAGGACCAAGAGUUUGUGCAGGUUACCAAUUAGCCAAGUUAAACAUCCUCGUAUUUGUGCACUAUGUUGUGACACAAUAUGAGUGGUUCUUACUUCAUCCAGAUGAACCUGUGACAAUGGAUCCCUUGCCUUUCCCUUCCCUCGGAAUGCCCAUCAGAAUUUCUCCCAAACAUGCAUAAAAGCAACCUCAAAAUGAAUUUGUUUGCCACAUCAUUAAUAAGGCAAUAGUUAAUGUUACUUUGUUUCCCGUCCAAUGUUGUCCUUGAACUGAGGCGUUUGCACAUGUUACUUACUUGGAUA